AGGAACCAGCAGGCGGCUGCGCGAGCUCUCUGCCUCGCUGCUCCGCUUUUGUUGAGGCUCGAGCAGAGCGGACGGUGACAGCUCAGGUUCGGCGCGCUCAUUUAGUGGGAUUUAUGUUAUUCUUUGACCCGUUUUUGGAUGUCUACGUCUCGGUUGCAGUGACGGGCCACCGACAACUUACUGCUCACACCGUUGCCGAACCCCCGCCGGCUCUUGACAUCGUCGCCGCUGGACGGACGCACUGGCUGACGGACACCGAGUUUGAAGUGGGCCGAUAAACCCGAUUGGAGGGAAGAGGGAGAAGCAGUGCCGGUCGUAGAGUGGUGGGCUGAGGAGCAGAGGAGCACAUGAGGAACGUAAACGGCGCGACAGCAACCUCCUGACCGGCGACCUUGCUUCUGCACCCACCCUCCCUCCCCCCCCCUCACCUCCCCCACCCAGGCCUCCCCCCCCAUUGCGAGCACAGCAACUCCAGAAGCGGGGUGUCAGAAGGAAGGAAACGUGUCACCACUCCUCCUGCAGCCAUGAGGUCCUUCCGUUCCUUCAGUAACGACGACCGCCACGUCAUGGCUAAACACUCCACCAUCUACCCCUCCUCUCACGAGCUGGAAGCCGUUCAGACGCUGGUGUCCACCGUCGAGUGCGCCCUCAAACACGUCUCUGAUUGGCUGGAUCAGAGCAGCAGCAACGCCCAAAGCCAGGCCGACGGCCAACCAGCAGACAGCAAGGAGGCGGACGAAAUUGGCAACGAGCCCGGCAAUGAAACGGAGGAUUGCGCUGACAGCUACAGAGAGCCCAGCAGCGGCGCCGCGCUGUGCGGAGUGAUGAGGAUCGGCCUCGUGGCCAAAGGCCUCCUGAUCAAAGGCGACAUGGACCUGGAGCUGGUGCUGCUGUGCAAAGACAAACCCACACAGACGCUGCUGGACACUGUCUGUCACAAUUUGCCCACACAGAUAGAGAAGCUGACAGAAGAGAAAUAUGACGUCACAAGCUCCUCGCCCGAGGCGGCCAUCUUGGUACGAACCACAACGGAGCCUAAGCUCACGCUGACGAUUACCCUCACCUCGCCGACUAUGAGGGAAGAAGAAGAAGAAGAGGAGGAAGAGGAGGAAGAAGAGGAGGUGGUGGAGGAGGAGGAGGAGGGGGGGGAAGAGGAGGAGUUGGCGAAUGGGGAGGACAGACAGGAGGAGGAGGAACAGGAGAAAGAGGAGGAAGUGGGUGAUGAAAAGGAGGAGCAGGAGAAGCCGACUGUGCGAGUGUUGGGUGCUGCUGCGCAGAGAGUGGAGGCUGAGGAGGAGGAGGAGGAGGAGGAGGGGGAGGUGCUGGAUAGACACAGAUGUCUGUUGGCCCUGGCAGCGCUGCGACACGCCAAGUGGUUCCAGGCUCGAGUGAACGGGCUCAAGUCCUGCGUUAUCGUUCUCAGGAUACUUAGGGACAUGUGCAAUAGACACCCCGUCUGGGAACCUCUCAAGGGAUGGCCCUUAGAGCUCAUCUGCGAGAAGGCAAUCGCCACCUGCAACAGACCUCUCGGGGCCGGAGAAGCCCUGCGUCGAGUCAUGGAGUGCCUGGCCUCGGGAAUACUGCUACCAGGUGGUCCAGGUUUACACGACCCAUGUGAGAAAGAGUCAACAAACACACUCGACAACAUGACCAACGAGCAGGCUGAGGACAUUACCUACCGUGCACAGCAUGCUCUCAGACUCAUGGCGUUCGGACAGAUCUACAAGGUGUUGGAGAUGGAGCCUCUUGCCUCAAAUAAACCAUCGCAGAAAUAUCCUUGGUCUGAUAAAGAAGGCUUGGGUCUGAAGAGGCCAUACGAGGAUGGAGCGAUGGACGACAAGGAUCUCAUCAAGAAGAUGAAGAGAAAUCUUAGAAAAGUCCUGGACAGUAAAGCCAUAGACUCCAACCAGCCAAUGAACGCCCUGAUGCGGUUGAACCAGAUACGGCCGGGGCUGCAGUACCGCCUGCUGUCCCAGUCGGGCCCGGUUCACGCGCCGGUCUUCACCAUGUCUGUGGAUCUGGAUGGAACCAUCUAUGAAGCGUCUGGAUCGUCCAAGAAGACCGCAAAGCUCCACGUCGCUGUCAAGGUUCUGCAGGCGAUGGGCUACCCGACAGGUUUCGACUCAGACCUGGAUCCCAUGAGCUCAGACGAGAAGUCGGAUGGUGAGGGGAAGAGCGAGACGUCUUCACACACAAGCAAUAACCCAACGCACUCGACGGACGGUUCCAACACACUGGAGGUGCGAACUCAGGGUCCCAUACUGACAGCGAGUGGGAAGAACCCCGUCAUGGAGCUAAACGAAAAGAGACGAGGCCUCAAAUACGAACUCAUCUCUGAAAGUGGAGGCAGUCACGACAAACGCUUCGUUAUGGAGGUGGAGGUCGACGGACAGAAGUUUCGAGGGGCGGGACCCAACAAAAAAGUAGCAAAGGCCAGUGCUGCUCUGGCAGCUCUGGAUAAGCUCUUUUCUGGUCCCAACGCUGCUGCAAACAAGAAAAAGAAGAUAUUGCCUCAGACUAAAGGGGCCCUGGCCGCGGCAGCAGCAGCUUCGGCAGUAGCAGCUCAGGUAGCCAGAGGGAGAGGAAGAGCAGCCCUCGCCAGAGGGGCCUUCGUCAGUGCGGCCGCACCUGGAUAUGUCACGCCAGGUAGCUACAACUGCUUCGGGACACCGUAUGGCUACAGCCCGGCUGCAGCAGCUGCUCCUGCAUACGGUGGUCUUUUCAUUGACAAUCCCUUCUACCAGCCGCGGACCAUCGCUCCUUUUAUCAUUCAUCUGGGUCCCCAGGAUCUCUUCUCUGACUUCUAGGGGGCCGCAGGCCGUUGGACACCCUCUUCGCAAUGUUCACGGGACACCGUCUUUUCAGUCCGUCGAAGCGGGACGCCUCUCUAUCCAGGUGACGGACUCAUCGAUCCCAAACUCUUUUCCGUCUGAUCGGCCCGCUGGGGGAAAAAAAAAAAAAAAACGACCUAAAGGUCACGGACGCUCAGAACCUCAACUGCUGAUCUGAAAGGCUCACGGCUCCUCUUUGUUUCCCCGACUCUCGCCCAGAUUUAUCACGUCAGAGGAGGGAAACUACAUGAAGCAAUACUCCGAUUUUAUCAGAAAUGUUCAGCUGCGCGAGGCUGUGCUGAAUUUCUUUCUUAUAGCAAUACACCAGAACUCCUCUAUGAGCUUCAUUCAUGAGAAGAAGUGAAUGUCCAACGGAGUUUCACACAACACAGCAUCGCAAUAGGUCAUUCUGAUUGUAUAUUCAUCACAUGUGUGCGUGCGUGUGGCUUUAACGUGACUAUAUACACAUAUAUGUAUGGUGUAUGUUUCUAUAACAAUGUGUUGACAAAACGAUUACUAUAUGAUAAUGUAUUUAUGUAAAUAUUCUAUAAAAUAUAACUAUUGUUGGUAUAAAUUAUUUUAGAAUUAUAAAGUGUAAUGUAACUGUAAUAUCACAGUAUAGCUUUCUUCCAAUUUUAUAUACACUGAGCAAUUGAAGCUAGUUGUAGGAGAUGCAAUAUUAUCUUUGGUAUUCAUAUUAACCUCUGCUGUUCGAAUGACAAUGCUUCCUUCUUCCUUUCCUCCCUCCUUUGUUCAAACUUUUGCUCUAUCUUUGUACGUCUUUCUGAGCCUUUGUGAGCCUCUCUGCUGCCCGCGGUUUGUUUACCAGGCACUCAUCGCACAAUCCCACCUGUACGCACGCACACACACACACACACACACUUCUCCUGUCAGAAAGCACAUUUUCUAUAGUCUCACUGCUGGCAGGGAAUGCUGUUGUUACAAAUACGGUACUGUACAUGCACAUGUGUACAGUACACAUGUGCACAUGUGUACUGCACACAUGUGUACACUCUUGAUGUACUUGCUCCUCCAUCUGCAUUAACACGCGUCAGUGGAAUCAACCGUCAGUACCCGGAAGAAUCGUCCCGCUCGCCUUUGGGACCAAAAGCACAGCUCACACACACGCACACACACACACACACACACACACACACACGCAUUGCUAUCGCUUCUUCCUGCGCGCACACACACACACACACUCUAUGUCCCUCCAACUUUCCACAGUGAUCCCCUACUGUACGGACAGGAUGCUGCUGGUGGAAGAUGCGGAUGUCAAAGGGCCAAAGACGCAGCACACAAUACUGACUGACCGAUUAAAAGUGUAGUCAGCAAAAAUCGUUAAAAGUGCGACUUUGAGAUGGAGGGUUGGUUGAUGUACAGCGUACGUUUUGCCAGUCACGGAGGCUGAGGUGAAUUGAGGAACGUGCCAGAUUAGUAUCGAGUACAUUCGUACGAUUCCAAUAAGCACAGUGUAGUUCACCUGUUUCAGACAAAAGACGCGUUUUGCUUUUUGGAGAGGGAAAGCUUUAUUGGUGCAUGUCUAGUUACAACCACUUAUGCAAAAGCUCAUGAGGCUAAAUAGGUUCUUAAUAGAGUCGUGAUCCUGAACUCUUCCACCGUGCAACACAGUUGAGGAUGAGAAAUUGUCUUUUUAGCCCAAACGAUAUAUUGGCUUGUAUUUAUAACUGAAUAUUUCUCUUUGGAGAAUUUGAAGAAUCCUCAUGCAUUUUAAGGCACUUCUCAACUCACUACUCACAAAUGUGGUAAACUGCUGUGGAGAAUUUUUUUGAGUUUGGUUUGUUAUCAUUUUUAGUCUCAAAUUCUAUGUAUAUUUUGCUUAGUUGUAGUUCACUGUUUGUUGUGGCUUCAACGCUGCUAAAAGACAUUAUUUACCCAGGUGGUAAUCAAACAGAAUGUGCAUCAAAAGCCCCCCCCCCCUCCCCACACCCGCUAGUAGCUAUUCAACUGAGAGAUGAGAUUUCCCAUUAAGUCCUAAAGUGCUUAAUGCAUAUAAAUGCAUUGGAACAGGCGACUUCACACUGAGGUAGAAGUCGCAGCAGGCUCCUAGUACUCCUGCAAUGCUCUGUGAUGCGUCUGAAAGCCCUUCAUCACUUUCUUUAUUUUCAGCCUGGAGACGAGGUGUCAGACUGCAGAUGCAAAAUCAAACAGAAUGUGCAUCAAAAGCACCCACCCCCACCCCCCUCCUCCACCCUCCACAAAGGUUGCAUUGAUGUCAUGUGUUUGUAUUUGCUUUGAUUCAACAAAAAACGACACCUGACAAUUGGACCCCACCCAGGCCUCUAAGACUGAAAGUAAGAAUGACAGUCAGACGUAAUGACGCCACUUGGCUGCCGGCAAAGACGAUUCGGCAGUUUUUCGGCAGGACGGGAUGAAAUUGUGCCGUCAAGCUGCGACCAGGGAAUCGGAGGUGAACCGAAGGGCGAGCUCUCGUUCCUCGACUUGGUCUCAUCCGCUCGGUGGGCCGCGCGCGUUAUGGCGCGAGUCCCCACCGCCCAUGUGGGAGCUGUGUGGCGCCCACUGUGCUCCCUGCGUGUCCCCCCCCCCUCACCCACCAGAACACCCACCCCUGUUGUCUCGGUCCAGAUGGCCCACAUUAAUAAGGGGAACAGUCAUAUCUCAGUGAGCAACCUUUUCGUUUCCCCCCUCAGACACUUUCGGAGGAGUCACCCUGACUACUGAGCCUGUCCUCUUGGUCCGUCGGCUCAGGGGGGACGCAGCCCGUCUCCAUCUGGCCCAGGCGCUCCGGUGGGACUGUAGAGGGUUUGCGAGUUGUCGUCUCGUAGUUAGGCGGGUCGUGCAUGCGUGUCUGCCCCUUUUAUCAUCUUUUAUCAUUUAGAUUAAUGAAAAAUACAUAAUAUUCGUGGUCUCGGCUCGAGAGUGACGGCUCUUUGUGGUGAAGUGGCAGCGUCACUUUUAGGAACACCGCCUCUCCGUGGGCGUUUAACAAUCACACUUUGGAAUCUAAGAAGCACAAAACACAAACAACACACCCACACCCUUGUUCUCAGGGCCACCUGACACACACACACACACACACACGCAGGAGUAUGCAAAGAGAUAAAAACCCACUCCAACGCAUGUAAUUCUAAAUGUAAAUAUUCAUAUCAGCAUUCACUGUCGAUAAGAAGUUCUCUGCUUUGUGGUUUGUGUGUUACACAUAAGGUUGUGCGCUGUAUGUAGUGAGCAUUACACAAGCGGUAAGGCCUUGUUUGUAUUUUAGGAUUUGAGCCAUGUAUAGCUGAGGAAAUCCAACCCCCCCCCUCCCCCAUUUGUCACGUCGGUGCAUUAUAACGGGUUGUCCGUCGCACUGUAGGUAAUGGAUUUUACUUUUGCCUUUUCGUAGAUGCAGCAAUUAUCUGUGAACAACUCGAGCUUUGCUGAUGAGAGAAACUUUUUUGUUUUGGCGACCCUUUGCGCCUUCAGAUGCUGCAAUAUGUUCAGUGCUUAAAGGGUGCGGAGCUGCCAGGUAACGACGGCCUGCUGGACUGCGGAGCCCGUUUUCCCUAAAGCGCCUCUUCAUCCUCCUGCCAGGUCAAAUCAAAGAUUAAAAAAAGCAGCGAGAAUGCUGAGAUGCAGUUGGGGAAACGGGUUCCAGGUUUGUUCUGCGGAACGGGAUUUAUCCCGACACCAAAGACUGAAACCUUUUCAACAAACCUGAAGAUCCUGGCAGUCUGGGACGGGAGGCACCACGUGUUUGUGAUAUCCGGUCGAAAGGAAAGGAAAGAUUUCAUCUCCUGCCGGCGAAAAACAAAGUUUUCCGCGUGUCGCUCGGAGAGUAGGCCUCCUGGGCUAAACGUGUCCGGAAGCAGAGAGAAGCUGGAAGCCGCCCUGAACUCUGCAGAGCAGCAGAAACGGAUCCGGCACCGCGAGGCGAAGCCACCCGGACUGACUGCACGACACAUCGGUUUCACCGGGGAGCGUUUGUCUGUGCAGCACGUAAACCGGAGGGGAAUGCGAAGCUGCAUAUGCAUGCAGACACACACACACACACAGAGACAAACACACACACACACUAUUGCAGUCACAUUAAGCAUGUUGUCGCAUACUUCCUGGUCACGGUCCACUGAUUGUUUAAGUCUAAUAUCCUCCUGAUAAGCAAUUGCAGCAUUUUGGUUGGGAAUGUACACUGUUGUUCUAGUGAUUGUAGAGUAGAAUGUAUUCACUCAUAGAGAAAAAAAAACUUGCUUUUUCGUAGAGAAGCAUAUAUACAGAAUAUAUAUGGAUACAUACAUAUAUAUACAUCUAUAUAUCUUUUGAGCUACUUGUGACAGUUGUUUUUGGGCGCAUCCACCCUUUAGAAUGAACAUUUCUUUCCCCCUUUUUUAUUUACAAAAGUAGUGUCUUACGAGUGAUGAAUGUUUACUUUUUCCUGUAAAUAUGAUUUUUCUUAUUUUAAUUUAUUUUUGACGAAAAGGGGAUUAAAGAAAACCGUUUUACGAUGCUGCCUGUGGCGCGGUGAAGUGGCGCCUGUCCACAGGGUCUGUUUGUCAGGUGCAACGAUGAGUCUCACACACCGAGGCCGAAGUCGGCGGACCGGCCGCGUCCCACCGCUUUGAUUAGUAGCAACAUUUACGGCGGCGAUGCUCUGUGGUUGUCACUGUUUUUACCAUAAUCUAUGCUUGACCAACUGAAAAUAAACCUGAGAAAGUGCUGAAUCUCC